AUGCAGCUCAUCACCAUCCUCGCCUUUGCCCUGCCCGCCCUCGCGGCCCCGGGCGUCGACAGCCUUCUCCGCCGCCCUUCGCCUUCCCAAAAGGCGCUCAGCUGCCCGACCAACGCGGUGCAGAAGGACGGCAUGCUGGGCGACAACUUCAUCGAGCCCGCCCUCCUCCUGCCCUUCGCCGCCAGCCAGCCCGACCGGGCGUUCCAGCCGUCGACCUGGGCGACCAUCACGCCCAAGGACAAGUGCACCAUCUUCAACCUCGAGCUGCCGGCCGAGAGGGUCAUCAGCAAGAACUGCAGCCUGGUCUUUGACUUCCCCGCCUGCGACAACUCCCGCUACCGCUUCCAGGGCCCCGGCAACUUCCUCUUCCAACCCUACGCCAUCGGCUCCGGUGCCGUCGCCGGCAACACCACCUACAACAACCAGCCCCAGAAGCUCGGCAACCUCCCCGACCGCCAGCUCCUGCCCGGCAACAGCUACGUCAUCAACUCGGGCUCGUGCGAGAUUCCCGCCGGCACCCCGGGCACCGUCACCUUUGCCGGCAGCCUGUGCUCGCCCGACUCGACUCUGUCCUUCCGCCAGGAGAACAAGCAGUGCCCGCUCGGCUUCUUUGUCCUGAUCAGCGAUGCUUGA